AUGCAAAGAGAUAGGUUCUUGUCAGGAUAUGUUCAUCAGCGAGCGGUCGUGCUGGAAGCCAUUAUACCGAAGUUGUCUUCUCGGCGUAUCCUUGCUGAGCGCGCCUCUCAAUUACCAGAAAUCUCCUUGGAGGCACUUGCGAAGCUGCCCUUAAGCUCAUUUGAGCGCGACUGGUAUAUAUCUUUGCUAAACGACCGCCUUCGUCGCCUGGAUGCCUUACAUCGACUGGGGGUCACUCAUGGAGACGUCCAGGACGGGCAUUUUAGACUUCCUGGUGACUUUUAUGAUACGGUCUUAUAUGACUUCUCCGAGGCGUACACAGUCUCUCCCAAGUGGCCUUUCCGGAUAAAUCAUGGCAAACCUCGGCCGUUGAGAGGCAUAGCAAAGGGCGAACGUGAGAUAGUUAGCAUGCACAUUGAAGAACGAGCUGGCACCCGUGAUUUCCGUUCUCAUCUCGCCCACCUGAGUUCAGAGAACACCGUUGAUGAUGCGCUCUGGCAGUCGCUGGACGCGGAGAAGGAGUCGCUGGAAUUAAUUAUAUUCAAAGUUCGCCAUCGCCCAGAUUACUUUUCCAUGCCUACGCUAAAUUCCGUUUUCCCUUUCCUAGAGGCAGUUUGUCCACCAUCUGACCCUGGCUGGCUUAUCCGCCGAGGCCGGCUUUUGCAGCAUUACGAAUCAGUCUGGGCGGUUUCCCGAUUCGAUGAAAACCAGGCCGCGUCUAUUCUAUUCGAUGGCGAAGUGGAGUUUGAAACAGACGAUUUCCGUGGUAGAUCCUAUUUUAUGCUUUGCUUAAUACCAAAGUCGUGGAAUCUAUCAUGGAAGACGGAUCAUGAAUCAAGUUCGGAGAAUACAGGACCAAGCCACCAGCUACGUCAAGCUUGUUUGCUUGCCUUGUCUGAGCGUUCGGGGCAUGUUUUUGGCCGUAGCAAUUUUCUGUCAGUUGGCAAGCAAAACAAAGAAGUUGAGCUGAGUGAGCAUGCAUAG